ACGUGAGAAGUGUCGUCUCAGCAGCUGCGGCAGUAAAAGCGCUGAAUGAAACUCGGCGCGGUCCCGUGUACGUGUCCCUGAACUUCCAGCCGCUCUGGACCAGCAAACAUGGCCAAAGUACAUAGCUCCUCCGGCUGUAGGGCCAUUGUUUUGGCAGGGAAGUAUCUCUCUGGUCCUGCGGUCCCAGUUGAGAGCCACCGUCCGGGGCUGCGGCAGCAGAAGAUGUUCGGCCACAACCGCCGUAUGGUGACCUCGGACGCGGCUGGCAAGGGAGGAAAAGCCGCGGCUUUGGCCCUGCAGGAGAACCCGGGCUAUUCCUCCGCCACAGACCGACUGGUGCAAGCGAACCGGACUCUGAUAUACCGGGACGUGAAGGCGUUUCUGAACGAAGUCGGAGGAGACCCGCGGGAGGCUCGGUACUGGCUGACUCAGUUCCAGAGAGCCACCUCCACACAGUCCCCUGCGUUCGCCGUGCUGGAGGUGGACAGCUCAGUGUUUGACAGCAGGGAGAUGGUCCAGAGCCUGGCCUUUGGGCUCUCCUUCUUGCAGCGGAUGGAUAUGAAGCCAGUGGUGGUGAUGGGCUGGACUCAGGAUGAGGAAACGGGGUCCGCUGGACAGGUCGCUGGGUCUUGUUGCAGGCGAGGCCUGGUGGAGCGGUGCAAGCAGCUGACCGAGGCCCUGCAGCAGCACUCGGCCACGGCUCUGCCAUUCUUCUCCGCCGAGUCCUUCCUGCUGCUGCACGAGGCACCGAGGGGAAGCAGUGCACCGCACCACGUUGCCGUGGAAACCAACCUCCUCCAGUGGAGUCUCGACUGUGGGACAAUCCCGUUGGUUUGCCCGGUGGGGAGGGACAACCAAGGUUGCUCGGUACUGUUGGACCCGACGGAGGUGACGGCGGCCAUUUCACGAGCACUGCAGCCCCACAAAGUCAUGUUCCUGAACAAAUCCGGAGGGUUCUGUGGUCGAGAGCGUAAGGUGCUGGCCACCGUGUCAUUUCCCAGCGACCUUCCCAGUCUGUCGACGGCAGCGUGUCUGAGCACUGCAGAGCGACACAAAGUGACCACCAUAGCCAGACUUCUCAACCAGCUGCCGACAGAGUCCUCUGCAGUAAUCACCUCUGCAGACACGCUGCUGACCGAGCUGUUCAGCCACAAAGGGUCUGGGACUCUCUUUAAAAAUGGAGACCCCAUACACCGGUACACGUCUCUGGAUGAGAUUGAUGUAGGACGUCUGCUGAACCUCAUCAACAAGUCGUUUGAUAAAACUCUCAGGGAAGACUACAUUGACUCCCUGAAAGGACGUUUACACUCCAUCUACCUCUCUGAAGGCUACCAUGCAGCAGCCAUUAUCACCAUGGAGCCAGUGAACAGUGGCACGCCAUACCUUGACAAGUUUGUGGUGAGCAGCAGUAAGCAGGGCCAGGGCACCAGCCACAUCCUGUGGGAGUGUAUCAGAGAAGACCUGGGCAAGCUGUUCUGGAGGUCCAGAGCUACCAACAGGAUCAACCCCUGGUACUUCAAACACUGCGAUGGGAGCUUCGUGAACGGGGUGUGGACUGUCUUCUGGUUCGGCCUGACGGACAUCAGAGAUUCCUACGAGCUGGUGGAAUAUGCCAGGACGCUCCCCGACUCCUUUUGUUUCUCCGCCUCUCUCACCGCCUCCCAGCAGCUCCUUCCACCUGCCGCAGCGUCCUGAGCAGCCGGCUCUCCGCGGUGCAAGGAUGUUAGCGCUGUAGUUGUCGCGGCUAUGAAUCAUUCUCUGUUUUUGAAGCUAGUCUCAGCUUAAAGCAUCGUCCUUGAUUUGGACAGUCAAGCCUUGUUUAUACUCGGGAUGUGGGUCUCUGCAUUCAGAGGCGUUUGUGGGUCAAAGCAAACUGUGUACAAAGAAACAAGUCUGUGGAUAAGCAGGAAGUUUAUGAGUAACAUAUAUUUUUGCAUGUCUACGCUGCAUCAGCACCUGGAAAUUUAACUCUGGAAUAUUGCCUUUAAUCUGACUUUAGAUGUAUAUAUACUGUACAUCUAAAGCAGAUGUUAUUAUUCCAGUCCUUUUAGUAUAAUGUGCUGUUACAGUGUCGGCUGACGAUAGAAUUAAUUUGAGUAAACAUUUCCUGCUGCCUCGUUUAGAUGUUUCGCACAUCUCAGUCGACUAAUAGACUAUAUUAAAGUUACAUUUAAAAGUAGGGAUGCACCGACAUGAAAACCAAAACACCAAAAGGAAUUAUUCUGCCAAUUCUGUACCAUCUGCACCAUUACCAUAACAGACUGCGUUCCAAACUGAGUUUGAACACUAAACUGUGAUCCACAGUUUUCGGUGGCUGAAUUUUCGGUGCAUCUCUAUUUAAAAGUUUACAUUUUUAAAGUUUACACGUGAAACAAACUACUAUUAGAGUAGUAGAGAUGUGUCAUAGACUUGAGAAGUCUCUGGGUGCCUUAACGGUGUUUUUUUUACAGCUUACUUUUACUUUUUUAAUUCCGCCUUAUAAGACGCACUCAAAUCUACUUCACCUCUCUUCCUUUGUCACAAUCUAUUUUGUGCUCGGCAGGUGUGUUGUUAAAAAAAGUUUCAACCAAGCACCAAUGGCGACUUUUAAAGCUUUUAAAGCUGCCACUGUGUGACAAAUCAUUUCUGAUGUGUGUGCACAUGUGCACAACCAGGCUUUACACAUGCUUUGUACCUCAUGCUCUGGGUCACAGCUGUUGUACGAUGUGUUCUGUGGCAGUAGAUGCAGAAGAACCACUCACUCAUUCACAAUAUCAUUCAGACAAAGUUGUAUUUGGACACAAAUACCAUUUAUAAGAGCUUAUACUCAUUUUAUAAGAGCCGUGGUCCGUGACAAAGAAGUGUACAGUGGGAACACAGCUGACUCACUUUCUGUAACAGCCUGAGAUAACUUGAUACCACAUUAGAGCAUAAGCCUUAAAGAGCAAGGUCUUCAGUUUGACUGCUAGACCUUUUACUGCUCGUCAUUCCCAUACUCUCUCAACCUGUCUCCUUCACGGUCUCCAUACGAAGGGGAAAUGCCAACAAAGUACUUACUUAAAAGGUGAUUUAUGUAAUAUAAUCUAAGCGACCUAAGUGCAAUCUCGAUUCCAGAUUUUUACAAAUUACAUAAAUGAGUAACCUUGGCUGCGGUUCGUUGUGUUUCUUUCCUGUAGGUAACAAGGCUUUUUAGCUUAAGCAUGGUCCAAUAUUCCGGAGGGUUAGGAGCACGCUGCUCUCUGCUCGCUCUGCUGGCAUCCUGUGUGUUAAACUGCUAUUGGGAGAGCGGUGGUGGGUAGAGCAACAGACCAAAACACCAAAAUGUAAACACAGUUUGUAGCUCACAAAGAAACAUUUAUUUUUGAGAACAAUAUACUGGCAGCACCGUUGUCAGUAAAGCCAGUAUUUCAGUGUUUCGUUAAUCAUUUCGAGUCUUAACGUGUCUUACAUAUUUCACCUUUAAGAAUAAAAUCCAACAACCGAGAUUGGAGCUUCUGUUCGUGUAAACAGGUCUGAUGUAUUAAGACUGUGUUAAACUGAACCGGACAGGAUAUUUUCUAUACAAGAAAAUACAGCUGUAUGCUGUGUAUUUUAUAUUAUACUCUAUAUGCUAUUAUAUCUGAUGUUGUUUACAGAUUGGUCAUAGGUCUGUACUGUGACUGUUGAAAAUAAAAUAAAAUAAAAAUAAAUUGAUCUGG